UUGGAUUUGAGCAUCAGCCGUGAUCGUUUCGGACUAGAAAAAAAAUGAAGUUUACGCGUUUGUUGCAGUGAAUAAAUUGAGAGAGUGUUUCUGUUUUAUGUUACAUUUAAGCGUGUCAAUAGCCGAUAAUUCAAUCAAAGAUUUAAAAACAUACGAAAAAAAGUUCUCACAUUGAAAAACGCACAGCAAAAAUGACGAAUGUGAAUUUUCUGAUUGCAUUGAUAUCAUCGCUGACAAUAUUUGUGCAUGCAAUGUGUGCCUGCAUCCUAAUCAAAUUUGUCCCUGUGACACAGAUCAAGACAUUAUUGCGUUUUCAUAAUUUACGAGCGGUUAUUUUGAUUGUAUUGUGCAUGAUAUCAGGUUGUGAAAUGAGCAGUGCUUAUUUAUUGAUGACACACACAAAUAAUGAAAGGACAGCAGUGUCAUCAUUAUACAACACGGAAAGUGCUAUGUUUUACUUUAUAUCCAUCAUUUCGACGGCAAUAGUGCUGCGGUUUAUAGAAAUUCGUAAGAAUAAAUCAGUUGUACGAUGGAUCUACUUAAUAGUACUUUCAGAAAUAAUUUUACUCGUCCUAAGGAUUUGGAAGUGGUUUGAUGUACAAAAAGUGACAGAUGUUUCGAGUUUAAACUUUGUCACUCAAAGUGGACUUGUGGUAUUAAAUUUUGGACUUAUUGUGACUGACAUCUCGACAAUUUAUUUUGAGAGUUUACCAUUAAUAACAUCAAAGUCAUGCGAUCCGACUCUAGUCUCACAGGAAAAUAUUCCAUACAAAAAUCCGUACUCAACAUUCUUCUCAAAAAUGACAUUUUGGUGGUUGAUGCCUUUACUAUGUAAAGGAUUUUUAAGGCCAUUGGAAUUAAGUGAUUUGGGAAAUUUGUCGGAGAAAGACACGAGUCGUUAUCAUUAUGAUCAAUUUUUGUUUGUGUAUCAUGCUAACAAGCACAAGCACGUGUCCCUAUGGACAUGUUAUUUGAAGAGCUCUUGGAAAAUGUUGAUCAUCGGUGGCAUAUUUAAAUUGUUUGGUGAUUUAUGCGGCCUUAUUGGUCCUCUAUCAAUAUCGUACAUUGUUGAAUAUAUAAGUUUGCAACUAUUGAAUGCAAAUAAUACUGGAACAGAGCUAAAUGCUGUAGCAUCAGGUGCACAUGAUUUAAAAUUCAAUGGAAUGGGUGUUACAAAUGAAUAUAACAGCAGUAACAGCACUAGUGGCAGUAACAUGAGUAAUUUAAAUAAUGAAACAAGCAGAAGUGAUGUCAAUUUAAUGAUAAAUUAUCCAAAUUGGAUGGACUUUAUUGGAAAUGGAUGGAUAAUGUCGUACAUUGUAUUGAUUUCAUUUUUAUUCCAAGGAACAUUGUCGCAAGCGUCGACCAAUUUGGUGAAUAUGGAAGGAAUAAAAAUUAAAAAUGCAUUACAAGGAUUAAUUUAUCGCAAAAUACUUUCUUUAACUGGUGCUAACAACAUGACAUCAUCGAAAGCGAAAGGCGAAUGUGAUAAUGGAAGUAAUUUGGUCGACAGGAAAAUUGGUGAGAAGAAGAGUGAAACAGAAGAGGCGGAAGAUAAAGUUGAUGACAUAAAUAACAAUCCAGGCACUAUAACUAACUUAAUGUCCGAAGAUUCACUCAAUGUGAUGUCCUUUUUUUGGAUUUGUCAUUACGUAUGGUCGAUUCCAUUAAAGAUUGUGAUUGUUGUCUAUUGUCUGUACUUAAAACUGGGUAUAAGCUCUUUAAUUGGCUCUGUGGUGACCAUAAUUGUACUGCUACCAUUACAAUUCAUUGUGGGACGAGAGAUGUCACGGAAUUCUGAGAAUGGAGCGAAAAGAAGUGAUGAACGUUUGCAGAAAAUUCGUGAAGUAUUUUUGAGAAUAAAGCUCAUCAAGUUGAAUGCUUGGGAGGAGAUUUUUAUUGAAAAAAUUGCAGAAUGCAGAAACAAUGAGUUGAAAUAUUUAAAGAUUGACGCUUUUUACUGGACACUGAUGACAUUUUUAACUCACAUUUCGAGCAUUUUGAUAACGAUUGUAACAUUUGCCGUUUACACAUUGAUUAAUGAUGAAAGCAUUGAAUUUAAUUCGAGCAAUGUGUUUACAGCAUUGGCACUUUUUAAUCAAUUAACGGUUCCAUUGUUUAUUUUACCCAUUACAAUUCCAAUCAUAAUCAGCAGUAUAAUUAGUACAAAGCGUAUUGAAAGAUUUUUAUCGCAACCAGAAAUUGAGAAGGAAUUUGAGGGUGUUAAGAAUAUGGCAAGGGUUUUAUGUAAAAGCACUGAGUCGCUUGAAGAGGAUGAAGAUGCUAAUGAUAAGCAAACAUUGAAACUCGAAAAUUUAGAUACAGAAAUAAAGGCUGAUGGAAAAUCGAGUAAGAAGAAAGUGCAAAUUAGUGAUAAAUUAUUCCAUCAAGAUACAAUCGAUGAAGAGGAACCGGAUGAGAAUUUAUCGACAAAAAUUAAAUUAAACGAUAAACCCAGCGAGAAGCUUAAAAGUUGUUUAAUUGAUGUGGAAAAGUCUGACAAUUUACAUUCAAAUGAUGAAAAUGAAAGCUUCGAUAAUGAUGCGGUUAUUCUUCGUAACAAAAAUAGCACAAGAGUCAAUUUGAGGAAACAGAAUCAAUUAAAUGAAACCACGAGAAUAGAGAGGAACAGAAUGAGAUCAACAACACAUAAUACAGACAAACGUGAUAAUACAAUUAAAAGGACACGAUUGCCGUCAUUCAAAGUUCCGGAGGGGGUGGCUGUAUGUAUAAAAGAUGCAAAGUUCUCGUGGAACGGAAAUGAAGACAGUUCUACAAAGCUCCUAGAAAUUUCCAAUUUGUCAAUUCCUUUAGGUGUCCUGACUGUGAUUGUGGGCAGAAGUGGAUGCGGAAAAUCAUCGGUUGUCGGUGCUUUAUUAAAAGAAAUGCAAAUUCAAUCAGGAAGCAUUGAAUGGAACAAAUAUGCAACAAUUGCUUAUUCUGGACAACAGCCAUGGCUACAGAAUGGAACAAUUCGUGAUAAUAUACUAUUCGGUGAAUCCUAUCAUCCCAAACGUUAUGAUAAAAUAAUCGAAACGUGUGGAUUGAAAGAUGAUAUUGAGCUUUUGCCUAACGGCGAUUUAACACAGAUUGGAGAGCGAGGACAAAAUAUAUCAGGUGGUCAAAAGAUGAGGAUUUCAAUAGCAAGAGCUUUCUAUUCAUCAGCCAAUGUCAUCAUACUGGAUGAUGCAUUUUCAUCGUUGGAUAAUGAAGUUGUAAGCUUUUUGUUUGAAAAAUGCAUUAAGCGAGUUCUCAAAAAAUAUAAGCGCACCAUUAUCCUUGUCACACAAAAGACACAAUUAGUCUAUAGUGCUGAUUAUAUAAUUGCAAUGGAUGAUAUGAAAGUAAGAAUAGCUGGCACAAUGAAAAGCAUUAAGGAUAUCGAUCCAAAAAUAAUUCGCGAAUGGGAUGCAGCAAUCGCAAAAGAGAAUGCAAAGGAGAGUGCGAGUGGGCGCAACGCCAAAGAGCGAUGGAAGCUGUUUAAGAAUAUUUCACGGUUUGGAAUUUUACAGCGAAAUCCAACGGAAGAGGACAAUUUGUCUUCACGCAGCUCACUCUAUACUCCAUUCAAACGUACAUCAAGCAACUUUUAUGGAUCUCGUUUAUGGUCUGACUUACCACUUCCAAUUGAUGAAUGUAACGAUAAUGAUUUCGAUUUUCCAAUGCUACGCAAGAAGCAUCAUAAUGACAACGAGAAAGCAUUUCGUGUGACAUCGUUGCAAUUGAAUGUCACACCAAAGAACAAGCAGCCACUAGCACGUCACAUCUCAUCACCAACACGAUUCAAUUAUAGCACAAAGUUGAAGGACAAUAAUCGCACAUCAGAUGGAUCGUCAUUCAGCAGUAAAAUGAGCAUAAGAGGAUUCAUACGACGAAUGUCGGAACGACGUCAACGACCUACAGCAGAAUCUGAUUUUAUGCGUGACAGGAGGAAAACUGCAGUAAAUAAAACAAUGUCAAUACGAAGUAUCAACGAGGAGGAAGUCAUAAAUAACACUUUCGAGGAACGUGAUGAAAAUGUGGAUCGAGUCGUGUCGUACAUCUCAAAAUGUAGUGAAGAAACUGAAGACGAUACAAGCAUAAACCUUGAAGACGAUGAAUAUGUGCCAAAUCGAUUAAAGUCUGAUGAAGAGAGAAAAUAUGGCAAAAUUCCAGCAAGAAUUUAUUCCUUAUAUGCGAGAGCAUGUGGCACAUUAACAUUAGUUGUAUUCUUUAUGAGCACAUUAUUAUGGCAGGCACUGAGGGUCUAUACAGAUGUCUGGCUACGAGAAUGGACCGACAAUGGAGACGGAACUUCAUCUGAUGUCAGCUAUUAUUUUAAUGUUUAUUGCUAUCUGUCGGGACUGUGCAUAAUAUUUGCAUUAAUAGCAACGCCAUCAGCGCAAUUAGCUGGAAACAAUUCACGAAAAUGUCUACAUAAUAAAUUGGUCGAAUCCAUUAUGCGUAAUUCACUUGAUUUCUUUCAAUCGACACCAUUCGGUCGAAUCAUAAAUCGAUUUAGCUUCGAUAUGUCCAUAAUUGAUAAGAAAAUCGCUACAACGAGCCAACGUUUACUACAAUUUAUACUGCUGUGCUCAUGUGCAGUUCUAAUUAACACAGCGAUAAAUAAAUGGUUCAUUCUGCUAACGAUACCAAUAUUGGUCAUAUAUUAUUUGGUACAAAAGUUCUACCGGGAAUCAACAAGGGAAUUACAACGAAUUGAAAGCAUCUCAAAUGCUCCAAUAUUUUCACAUUGCUCGGAAACAUUUUUGGGGUUAACAACGAUCAGAGCGUACAAUCAAGAAUCGAGAUUUAUGGAAAUACUAUUUAAGCGAAUGGAAGAGAAUAAUGUGUCAUUUGUGAUUUUAAAUUGCUCAAAUCGUUGGCUUGGAAUUGCAUUGGACUAUUUGGGCGCAAUAAUUGUUUUCAUUGCAAUUCAAACGGCAUUGAUAACGAGUCAAAUAUUACCGGAUGAUUCCCUGCCAUCGCUCGUUGGUCUUGCACUACAGUACACAUUGCUGAUUCCAAUUUAUUUGAAUUGGGUCGUAAAAUUAUUUGCUGAUAUGGAAAUGUAUUUUGGUGCUUGUGAACGCAUAAGUUAUUGCAUCGAGAACGACUACCAAGAAAUGGAUGCUGCGAAUGUUUAUGAAACAUUGCCUGAAAGAUGGCCACAAUUUGGGGAUAUUGAAUUCCGCAACGUGUCAUUGAAGCAUGCAAAUCAAAAUGAUAGCUUCAUAAAAGAUUUAAGCUUGAAUAUUCCAGCAGGACAGAGGAUUGGAAUAUGUGGUAAAAGUGGCAGUGGAAAAUCAUCAUUGGCAAAUUCAUUGUUUGGCGUCAUUGAGAUCGUUAGCGGUCAAAUAUUGAUAGACGAUAUUGACAUAUCGAGAGUUCGCUUGAUUGAGCUUCGUUCCAGGCUUUCAAUUAUCCCACAAGAUGAUGGAAUUUUAUUUUGCAGUACGAUACGAGAGAAUCUCGAUCCACACAAACGAUUUUCUGACAUAAAACUGUGGGAAUGUUUGGAACGGGUACAACUAAAAGGUUUAAUAUCAUCUCUUCCUGAUAAAUUAGAUACACAUUUUAGUGAGGGUGAAGCAUUGCUGAGCUUCGGUCAACGUCAAUUAUUUUGUCUCGCUCGAGCUGUACUCAAAGGAUCAAUUUGCCUUGUGCUGGAUGAGGCAACAUCAAAUCUCGACUACGAAACUGAACUUUUAUUUCUAAAGGCUGCCAAUGAUGCAUUCAAAGGGAAAACAGUAAUUACAAUUGCUCAUCGUUUAUAUUCUAUACUGGAUUACGAUCGUGUUGUAAUUAUGGAGAAUGGAAGAAUAAUAGAAGAUGGUAAUCCAAAGGAAUUAAAAGCAAAUCCCAAGAGCCACUUUACAUCCAUGCUGAAUGCAUCAGACUUAUCAAGCAAAAAGAAAUAA